ACUCUUUUCUGAAUAAGACUCUUUGUCAACACUCCACACUUGCCACUCCUUGAAAGCAAGUCGACCAGAAGAGAGGUAUAGCUGCCUGAGAUCCAGAGAAAUUUGUUUUCUAUCUUCAAUUUUGCCGGAUCUGUCCCAAUUUCUAAAGAUGGCAGCUAACUUAUUGUUUUCCAAAGAUCAAAUAAAAGAAAUCCGGGAAAAAUUCUCCACAUUUGUCACGGAUGGCAAUAGCACCAUCUCUAAAGAGCUCUUGGUUCCAGCGUUGAUAGAAGUGGGUCAAUACCUUACACAGACCACGGAGGAGGAUUCGUCUUCUGGGCUUAAUCAAGUGCUCGAGUUUACAUUUGAGCGUGAGUUCAAAGUGGAGGAGACUAUUGAAUUUUCUGAGUUUUUGACGAUGGUAGCAGAGCAGACAACGUAUACUGCUACAAUGAGACCAUACUACACAGCUUUCUUUGCCGUUGACACGAAUCGCGACCGAGCCCUCAGUGAAGCCGAGUUGCGUAAAGCGCUUUCAACCACUGAUCCACCGAUGAAGGAGGAGGAUAUCGAUGCAUUGAUCAAGAAAGCCGGCCUUAAUGAGGCCGGUAAAAUCGAUCUAACAGCAUUCGUUCGUGUGAUUCAGGAUUCUUUUCUGCCACAAUGAUGAGUGCUUCUACUUUAACAUCGACAACUUGUCCUUUUUAUUCUUCUUGAGGAAUAUGUGGGAGAGGGCCAUAUAAUCGUCUCGCAUCAUUUUUCUUCUCUUGAUUUCAUUAUGUUCCGAUGAUUUUUUUUUUUUGAGCCGUCACUUUUUGUUUUGUUUUGUUUGUCUUUUUUCAAAGCUUGGUUCGAAUUCCACUUCAAUUUAUUUCUUUACAUUUUUUCAUAAUACCGAGGGUGUUUUUAAAAUGUUUGUGUACUCCUUCCAGGAAUAAAUGUUGCGUUUUUCCUCAUCUGAAAGCCAACUAUUGGUAUCGCAUUAUUUGAUACCUUUGACAUCAUGAUUUUGUUUAUUGUUUUUUAAUUGUAUCAUCGUGACCAUGGUUAGAAUGGAGGUCGACUAAACACCAAAGAAUAUGCAUGUCCGAAAAGUGACAUGGUAUACAAGGGAUAAGAGGAAUUUAACUUUCUUAAAUCUUGAUAGGCGGUAAAAGCACUUAUCUAACAUUACUUUAAUGAUGUGGAGGUGUCGUGAGUGAUUCACUUGACUCAUUGAAUUAAAUUGAAUGGUCUAUUGAGCAUACUUCAAUAGAUUGUUAUUGAUUGUUAUACAUGUACUUAUUUUAAUCUUACAGUUACAGGUACAGCUUAGAGUUAGUUUAUUAUGCUUUUAUCAACCUUGCAGGUUACAUGUUACUCUUAGAGUUUAGAUUGUUUGUACGUACUGUAGGCCUAGUAUAGUUUAGUUAUACUCUUUGUAAGAUUUGUUGUCAUUAUACUCAUCAUGUUUAUACUCCCUAUAUAUCUAUGUAACAUAUGUUUUAUGGACCUCUGCCUUGUGUAGUUGAGUCUGAAAUAAAGUUCUGAAUUGAAUUGAAUACUGAAAAUGGCAGCACGAAGGCUGUUUUACAGUAAAGCACAUGAAACAAAAAGCAAAGUUAAAAUAAUUACUACAUAACACUUGCGAGAAUACAGUCAAAGAUUUAAUUAAUAAGAUAAAACGUUAUGACAAAAACCCCUCUAAAUCUGGACCUCUAGGAAGAUAAGAGCCAUUAACUUAAUGACUCUAAAUAUAGCUAUUCAUCCGUAUUAUUUUUUAAGUAAUUAAUUUUUGUAUUAAUGUUCAGUAUAUGUAUUGUGUUUGUUUAUACGGAAAAUCAAACCAAACCAAACCAAUCAAAGGCUUAAGAGCCCGACACUAACGUCCUUUGGCAAGGUAUUAAUAUACAUUUGCCACUCUCCACCCAGGUAUUAAUGUGUACCCGGUAAUUGCUAGGGUAAUGGUAAUUGCAGGGCCCGUAGGAAGAGCAUUAUUAAUACUGAUGUUGCUACCCUGAGUUAACAAAAUUAAUAUUUAUAUUAUUAUUAUUAUUAUUAUUAUUAUUAUUAUUAUUAUUAUACGACAAUAUCACUUACAGUAAAGUGGAGAAAAUGGGUAUAUGUAAACAAUUAUAUAUGGGGCAAUUUAUAAUCAUGCAAUGUUCACUAAAUAAAAAUCGGCUAAAUAAUACUCUGAUAUUACUACCCUCCAUUUUGUAUGUUGUCUUUGAAAAUUAAUUUUCAUAGUAGUUUUGGGAAAUGUACAUCCUUAAUUCAUGUAAUUUAUUUGCUGUAAAGAAUAAAUCAUGUAUUUAAACAAA